AUGGAGACUUUUGCUCAAGAAAUAAAUAUUUCAAGAGAGAAUGGUGACCAUAGCUUGUGCAUAGUUGCUGCGAUCGGUGAUAGCGAAGAGGAAUCAGGUUGUGGAGAUAUCAUAUCUCAGUUUGUGUGUGCUGUGCGGAAAGCUAGUGACGCUAUUGUGAGCACAACAAGUAAAAACCUCUCCCUCUCGAAAGGGUCUGCCAACAUGGAAAUCGCUCAAGCUGACGGAGAUGAACUUCAAAACGAAUACGAAAAUGUCAAAACUUUUGUGAAGUCUUGUUUAACCUUGGCUGAAGAACUCGAGUGCCGGUCAGUUUCAUUCCCGGCGAUUGGUGUAGAGACACUGAAAUAUCCCAGGCGCGAAACAAUCGCCUUUGUUCUGGAUGCUAUUGACGCUUACAAACUUAAAGUGAAGGACUCAGAUAUCACCAAAGUGAAUAUGGUUUGUGCUGAAAACGAUAGAAAAACAAUCGAUGCCUUCAAGGCCGCAGAAGAAUGGCGACGAUCUGACAGUUGCAAGGUAUCCCCUGAGAAGGGACAGAAAAGUUUCAAAGGACAAACAAUCGUGUCCAGUAGUUUCCAUUCCACAAAUGUUACUAUAGUGUCAGUGGACAAGUAUUCUUAUUGGCCAUCAUUUGCUGUCCAUGUGAAGUUUUCUAAAGAAUUAAAAGGGAAAAAAGCGCAUAGGAAAGAUUUUCAACUCAAAAAAGCAAUUGAUGACCCAGUGACAUGGAAUGAUGAAAUACAUUGUAAAACUAUAGAGUCACUGAAGACGGUACACCUGAUAAAUCAGUUGAAAGGAAUUCUCAACGACGAAAGAAUCACGUUCCUAAUCUGGAAUCUUGAUAGCAAAUUGAGUAUGUCAUACAGCGACCAGAUAGUUUUGACAGUUUCAAGUUUGGAAACUAUGCUCAAACCAAGAAAUUGCUACCUACAGAAUGUUGUGAUUUUGCUAGACGAUAGCAGUGCAAUUGAAAGUCUUCAUACAAGGAUUUAUUACGAUAAUACAAUAUCCUGGCACCUGAGUUUAAAUGAGGCAGUCAGUGGAACUUUAGAAAUGAUAGGGAUAACUCCAGAAUGGCCAUUAAAGGCGAAAGAGGAGGUCUUGCAAUUGAUUGAAGAAACGAAGAAUUCCAGAGUGAAUUUCCAAAAUGUCCCAAAGAUCCAAAAUGAGGUGGAGGAAUCACAGACAAACGACACUGAAGACUACGCGAACAGUUGUUUUCAGGACUUGGCAAUUUCAUCUACAUUAAACGCAGGGAUCGUACGUUUCCUCGGAGAAGGUCUAACGCGAUGGGCAUGCGUAGUCAAGGAAACAUUUAAUGUGACACUUGACCUAUCCAGCAGCGAUUCUGUUACAGUCAGUGGUGAUUUAAAAAACGUAUUGUCUUUCGAAACAUACCUGCACACAGGAUUUCCAAAGGACCCUGUAUUUGCGUCUUCAACGUAGACUGACAGUAGAUAUGUACUCGAUAUGCAUUCAAAUGACUUUCGACAUUUGAGUUAACUUCAAGCCAAUUUAAGUAUACAUAGGAACUGUAGCAAACCCAAUAUCUAGCCGAGUAACCAUAACGGACAAUACUGCUGUAAAAAAUUACAACACAAUCAACAAGACUAUAUUUGUAAGCACGUUCGUAUAAGUAUUACCUGAUACCGACACGGACAACUUACAACUUACAACUGUACCUGACCAUAUACACCAAAAUAAUGCAACAAAAGCGGAAAAAAGAGGUAUCAAACAUGAAUUUGUUCUAAAAUAUAAUAUCGCUGCUUCUUUUGUUGAUGUUUGAAUGGACUUUCGCAGCAUAAACUCUUUGUAUUUAACAUAAGGGAAAAUAUCCCUUGUACAUGCAUUAUUGUUUAAAAAUUGUUUUUGUAGUUAUUGAGCGCUCGUUAAAUCCACGUCGUAUAUCUAUUAUUCUGGAAUCAUCGAAAGUAUACCCAGUAAGACAAUGUUACUGGGCUUCAUUUUAAUUAUAAUAUCAGCAUUUCGGUAGUUUAUCAGAUUCAUUUGAAUUAAAAUGUUGCCUUCCGACGUAGCAUUUAUGACGUAAUUUUUCACCUGGUAUACACACACACUGUUUAUUACAAGUCCCUUCAUAUAAAUGACGUGUGCAAUAGCUAACACAUAUACUACUUUUUAAACUGUCGUACAGUUGCUUUCAAAUUUUGAAUUAAUAUCCAUUGAAAUUAUUUGUUUGCAAAUGAUCACGUGUUAUCGUUUAUUUGAUUUGAAAGAAUAAUUUUCGUUCUUGUAUGCUUGAUCGAUUACCAUGGAUAUGCUGUAAAAGUGGUAGAAGUUGUUGAUUUUAUAACAACACUGUUCUUUGAUAAUACAUUAUGAAUAUUAUAGAAUACUAUUUUUGUGUGAGUUUUUAGGGUAUGCCGAUUAUUUUUUUAUGAAAACAGUAUGCUUGUAUUUAUAGAAUUAUAUGUUUUGCUUUAAAAUAGUGUUAUAUAAAAUAAUAUUGGCUUGUAAUAUACUAAUGUGGUUUGUGAAUUAAUGAGAAUGAUCAGAUUCAAUUUUGUUUUUCGCACUUGAACAUUCAGAUUUACGCUUUACUACAUUUGAAACUAUGUUACUGUGAUUUUGUUCUUUUUCUACAUAACAUAUAAUUAUGUCACAUGCCAUUUAAUAAUACAUGUUGGAUAAUUGGAAAACAUGUUUGUAUUUCGGUUUUCUCAAUAAAAAACAACUAUAUAGUGUUUUAUUCA